AACUGGAAGUUGGGCUUUAAACAAAAUACAACUGAGGACAUUACAGCUUUAGUCAAGCAGCAAGGUAAAAUACAUCAAGACGACGAGAAAGUUGGUUGCCUGAGUACGUUAAACAAACACUAAGAAGGCCAUAAAAGUAUUCUUAAAGCGCAGUAGUAUUCUGUUUAUAAAAGUUUGCCGUUUUGGCAAAUUAAAAAGAUAAUUAAGUCAUUGUAGAAAUAGCAACACAAACAUAAACUAGGCAUAUAAGGCAAGGAGAAAGAAAAAAGCAAAAACAUUUAUAAACUAGCGCACAUGAGGUGGGAACUUCACUCCACCUAAUUCGACUACGACGUAAUAGGAAUUCUUGUUGAUAGUAAAGAAAUAACAAAUAUUUCAUAUUUAUUAGAAGAAGAAGCAGCUGCUAACCACCACAGUAAGACAUUGUCUACAUACAUAUAUAGGUUACAUGCCCGUUUAAGUUUAGCCAUAUAGGAAGCUAUAGUCUUAGAAUUGUUUGUAUUAAUUAAUGACACAAACAACAAAAAACGAAAAGCAUUUAAAACACCGAAAUCAAAAGUUCCACCCACAAUAAUUUUUGCAUAAUUUUUAUUACUUAAUAAUCUAAAUAAAAAAAAAAAAGAAGAAUACUUGGAUCUCAUUGACAAAGAAGCCAAAAGAUUACUCACAGAUUCAUUAACGCACACAUACGCCCAUUGCGCUAGAAACAUCAUUAGGACAUCCCAUUAGAAAGUUGAUCGUUUUUGUAAAUCGCAUCUAAGUUUUGUUUUAAAACAUUUGACAGUUUAGAGUCGCUAACAUUUAAGCAAAUCCCCAACAUACCCGCCCCGCCCCCAUCACAUUCAACACACGCAGUAUUACAUUUACUCAACCAAAAUAAAUCACCACCAUCAACAGCCGUGGUAACCAACAAACGCUUGACAAACACGCAAAUCCUUUAGAGUACAAUACACGCACAUCAAAAGUACUGCUAGCUUUCUUCCACGACUAUUGGUAGUACUACUACUACCAGACAUCUAUUUUUGUUUAGUUUACUGUUCGUGACCUUAGAGCUCCUACCUUUAGUGUUUUUAGUUCCUUUUUUAUUUGUGUUCUUUCCCAUGUAAUCUGUCUCCUCACUACUCCUCGCUCUCGCUAUUCACUGCCAUAUUUCUGCAUUAAUUUAAAAAAAAGCACGCCUGAUAUUGCUGGAGAUUGGCUUGCAAACAUGGUGGGUUCCUCCCAGACACAACAACUAACGCAACAAGCCACCAGUCAAAUUAUAACGCCUAACAACGGCCAUCAGCAAUUGCCAUUAGCAUCGCAAAGUGCAACGACGGCGGCCUCAUUUCCACACCACUUAGUGCGUCUUCCUUCGGCGCGAAGUCUUUUAGGUGAUAGCAACGUUAAUAUCAGCAGCACCACUACCUCUUCGUCAUCGUCGGCCACCAAUAACUCCAAUCAAAAUAACAUUAUUUCCACCUUAUCGCCCAAUAACAGUUCAUCGGUGGCUGUGGCCACCCACACCAACAGCGCUCCACAUCAUGUCGACGAGUUGUUGCUGCCUCUGUCGGCCAACAGUAUUUACAAGGAUGCAUCAACUUGUACUGCCGCAAUUUUAGAUAACCCCCAGAGUCUUUAUACGUCCAUGCGUAGCAAGAGUUGCCGCAUUGAUAGUGCCAGUAAUAAUAGGAUUGGCCCCAAUGGGGCAUAUCUCUCAUCGACCUCGUCCACUUCGCUAGUGUACGAUGCGAAUACGAAUGCAGCCAACGCCACCGCCACCGCCUCCGGUCCUCCCGUCAACAAUAGUCAAACGAAUUACUAUAACAACGAUAUAAGGAAUAAAGUUCAAGCCCAGUAUCCGCAACAGGCUUUAAUGUCUUCCCAGCUAAGCGAUAUAACGGGAGAUAGCCAUGGUAUGGGUAUGAUUAAGCUAAGCAGUAGGCCCCAGGCGUAUUUGGGCCUAAAUGCCAAGGAUCUCAAGCCACCCUGUGUUACGUCAAGUGGCGUUAGCGCCUCGAUUCAUGAAUCACCCCAUCGUCAUAAUAUGCCUUCCUCGAACGGCAGCACUCCGGGCCAACAGUUGGUUGACUCCAUACCCAUGAAUUCUUUAGUGGUGAGCAGUAGUAGCAGUUCUACCGCUGCCUCCAAUAGGCAAGGAAAUGGCGACGAAUCGGCGGCAUCCAGCAAUAAUGGCAACAUAAGCGCCGCUUUAGUGCCACACCAGCAUCCAUCAUCGCAUGCGACAAAUCAAAAUGAUAGCUUCUCCUUUCAUGAGCACAUAAUAAUGUCCGGCCAACAAAAGGCCACCAUGACGGAAAAGCCCAAGCCCCUGGUUGUUUCACCCCAACAGGUGAUGAUUCUCUACAUGCACAAGCUAACCCCCUACGAGCGCACUGAAAUCUUAAAUUAUAGUCAAAUCUAUUUCAUUGGUGCCAAUGCCAAGAAACGGCCCGGGCUGGUGGGACCUAAUAAUACGGCCAACAAUUACGAUUAUGAUAACGAACAAGGUGCUUACAUCCACGUGCCCCACGAUCAUGUGGCCUAUCGCUAUGAAAUGCUCAAAAUCAUAGGAAAGGGCAGUUUUGGUCAGGUGAUAAAGGCUUACGACCACAAGACCCACGAACAUGUAGCCCUAAAAAUUGUGCGCAACGAAACGCGCUUCUAUCGUCAGGCCCAAGAGGAGAUACGCAUAUUGCACCACCUGCGACGCCAGGACAAAUACAAUACCAUGAACAUCAUCCAUAUGUACGACUACUUUACGUUUCGCAACCACAUGUGCAUCACUUUUGAGCUGUUGAACAUCAACCUGUAUGAGUUAAUCAAGAAGAACUCCUUUAAGGGCUUUUCGCUGCAGUUAAUACGUAAAUUUGCCCACUCGCUGUUACAGUGUCUGGAUGCCUUGUACAAGAACGAAAUCAUCCAUUGUGAUAUGAAGCCCGAAAAUGUGUUGCUCAAACAACAGGGGCGCUCAGGCAUCAAGGUGAUUGAUUUUGGAUCAUCAUGCUUCCAACGAGAGAGGGUCUACAGCUAUAUACAAUCGAGAUUUUAUAGGGCGCCCGAAGUGAUAUUGGGCACACAAUAUGGGCGAGCCAUUGAUAUGUGGUCACUGGGUUGUAUAUUGGCGGAGCUGUUGACGGGGCAUGCCCUCUUUCCGGGGGAAAAUGAAUCAGAUCAAUUGGCCUGUAUACUAGAAGUUCUGGGCAUGCCACCCAAGGAUCUUCUUAAGACCUCUAGGCGCACCAAGGUGUUUUUCAAUCCCGAAGGCUAUCCUCGUUACUGCACUGUCCGAAACUUGGCCGAUGGUAUGGUUGUCUUAAAAGGUGGUCAGUCAAGGCAUGGCAAACCUCGAGGACCACCAGGAUCCAAAACACUAUCAAGGGCUUUGGACGGCUGCAAAGAUGCCUUGUUCUUGAAUUUCAUACGCGGUUGCUUGGAAUGGGAUCCGGAGAAACGCUUGACGCCCGCAGAAGCACUUAAACAUCCAUGGUUGCGCAGGCGUUUACCCAAGCCGCCCAGUAGCCAGAGUGGUGUUAUUAGCAGUAGUAGUGGUGCUAACAGCAUAUGUGAUGAAAAAUCGCCAGUGUCAUCUAAUCCUGGUGGCAGUGAUAGCGGUAGUGUCUCGGCAGCGAAUUUAGAGAAUAAUUGCCAUAGUCAGGACUACAGCACAUCUGUAGGUAGUGGUGGUGCAGCUUCUUCUGCGGUAACCAAUGAUCAAUCGGAUCCAUUGUGGAAACUUCAGAGUGUGCAGCAAGCCAAAACGGAUUUUGUAAUGCCGCCUAUGGCGGAAUAUCAAAAGGAUGCAGCGCCACCAGCUGGGCUAACCAAUCCCAUAGCCACUUCGGCACCGGCUAAAGAUUAUUCGAUGCUCUAUCCUUCCAAUCUAACACUAAGUAUAUCUUCGAAUGGUUCUACGCACCGGUGUGGCAGUGAAUUCAACUCAAAAAUGCCCUCAAUGCAAAAGGAGGAAUAAAAUCACAACACCCCCUCCCCAAAUAAGCCUCAUCAUCAUUGCAUGGCUGGCUACAUAUGGCUCACUGCGGCUGUGGCUAGACCAAUUAAAUUCUUGAGUCGUGGUUUGGGCAGAAGACCGACCCCCUUAGUUCAGAGUGCAGCAAAACUACAAACAUAAACUUGCAUUUGAAUUUGCAUUUGGGCGGGCCAAGGAUAACGAAGUGAAACAAGGGAAUUGGUAUGGCGAGAUUUGUGUACAACGAUUGUCAAAAUACUUAUAAAGAAUUGAGAUUAUCUAUAUAGUAUCUAUGUAUGUUACAUCAUCUAAUAAUCUAUGUAUAAGAACCCAUGUGAAUGUGUGUUAUUGUAUUGAAUGCGUUGAAUUGAAUGCACAUGAAUGAAAAAUUAACUAAGUGUUUGUUGUAGCUGCUCAAGUACCCUCACCCACACUCUUUCUUCAUUCGGUUGAAAAGCCAUUUUUCACAUAGCAAAAUAAAUUCUUAGAAUUUUCUAAACUAUCUUAAAUUUUAGAGCAAGAACACUUACACACACACACAUAGACACAGACACACAUACAACAAACAACUCAUCAGAUUUUGGUCUAGCUUUUCAGCCGCUAGAAAUUGCAUACCCAACCCAUGUGCAUUAGGUGCAAGGGAGCAAUAGAUGUAGUCGAGUUUUAAUUAAUUAUUCUAGAGCCGAAAAGUUGCCAGAAUCUGACUUAACUUAUUUUAAGUAGUAACAAAAGAAACUCUAUAAUUAUGAUUAUGUUUUUUUUUUUUUUUU